AUGGGGGUUUGGAGAUAUCUCUUCGACAACCGGCCGCAUAGUAUCAAUCGUGUGCGCGGAGAGCGGCGUCCAUUACUGCCUGCGUACGCUAGCGAAGACAUUCAGCCUGCACUACCUACGAAGGAGGUCACGAAAGUUGCACUCCGCCUCAAAUAUCAAAUUGAGCAAGUCAUUCCGUACGAGCUCCAGGAGGCUCUUAUCAGCAGUCCCAAUAGCAGCAUCAUAACAAAAGAUGUCAUCAAGACUGCAAAGGAAGCCGGUGGAGAGGAGUUUCGCGCCUGUGUUCUGUUCUGUCUCUUGAUAUGUGAGAAAUGGUUCCAUACUGAGGCCCUUGAUGCUCUAUGGGAUUCCUCGCUCCUCGACUGCAGAGCUCUCGCUUGCCAGGUUAUUGCCAAAAAUAUAAUUGAGACUGAGGAAGACCAAGAGUGGUUGCACAAGGAAGCCUUAUUGAAACGCUACUCUAUCCUCCACAAAGGCGAAAUGACAACCCCGGCUAAUGUGGUCGAGCGCGCAGUGGAUAUGCACACCUUGCGUGUCAUAGGGUCAUCAGGAUAUCAGAAGUGCGUCAGGAAUUUAUGGAGAGGAUGGCUGGUUCAAGAUGAUCGGGAUCCCUCGCAAUUUAUCGACUACGACAACAAGAUAAAUACGAGUUAUUGGUCACACUUUGAUCCAGACCGGAUGAGAGUUCCCCUGUACCAGAAUUCUCUUCUCAUAUUCUUCUCGCUCCUCUAUCUGAUCCUCUAUACCUCUGUGAUCAACUCUGUGAAUCCCGAUGGCGAUAUCGAUAUUGCCGAAGGCAUUCUUUACACCAUGACGCUGUCCUAUCUAUGCGACGAAGUGAGUAAAAUCAUGAAGAUCGGUAGAUAUUAUAUCGGCUUCUGGAAUGUUUUCAAUUUCACACUUUUCACCCUGCUCGCGGUCUCAUUCGUUCUGCGCAUGGUUGCUCUGGCCCAGUCAUCCGACGUUGAUAAUACCCAGCGCCGCUAUUUCAACCAAAUGAGCUAUAACUUUUUAGCAUUCACCGCCCCCAUGUUUUGGAUGCGCUUACUGUUGUUCCUCGACACUUUCCGUUUUUUCGGUGCUAUGCUAGUCGUACUCAAGGUCAUGAUGAAAGAGAGCUUGAUAUUCUUCGCGUUGCUCUUUGUUGUCUUGGUAGGGUUUCUCCAGGGUUUCGUUGGCCUAAACAACACCGACCUUGCUGUCCCUGUCACUGGCAAAAUCUUGAAAGGCAUGGCCAAUAGUGUCAUGCAAAGCCCCGAUUUUGAUGCCUUUGAGGAUUUUGCUCCGCCAUUUGGCAUGGUUCUGUACUAUGUAUUCAACUUCGUUGUGAUGAUUAUCCUGUUGAACAUCCUCAUUGCACUAUAUAACAGUUCAUACGAGGAUAUUUCCGGAAAUGCAGAUGAUGAAUACAUGGCAUUGUUCUCGGCGAGGACGCUUCAGUACGUGCGCGCUCCAGAUGAGAAUGUCUUCAUCCCACCUCUCAACCUAAUCGAAAUACUCUUCCUCAUCCUUCCAUUUGAGUGGUGGAUGUCAAACGAAAGUUACGAGCGCCUCAACGACGUAGUCAUGUAUAUACUCUAUUCCCCUUUGCUUCUGCUUACUGCGUAUCUCGAAACCCGUGACGCACGGUGGAUUCGAUGGAACCGUCGCCAUGGCGAGGCUGACGAUACAGUGCUCCAAGAGUGGGAGGAUCUGGCUAAUGAGGUUGGAUUCAAUGGCUUCAACAGCGAAACUGACGAAUGGGCCAAGACUGUUCAGAAGACGAAACCAAAUGUUGAUGUUUCUGCUACUCGUCUUGAGAUCAGAGAGCUCAAGGAACAAGUCAAACUCCUCACUGAGUCUGUUAAGGCUCUGAUGGAAGAGAGACAAAGAUCUACCUAG